AGCAGAAAUGUGAGAGGAAGAUGUGUGUGUUUUAAUGAUAAUUUACAUCCAUACAUUACAUAUAGUGUAUUUCAUCAGCUCUUGCUUUCUCUGGAUUGUGAUAUGAUCAUGAUUAAAGAUUCAAGAAGACAAUCAGGAAUGAUGUCCAUUAUCAUCAUCUUCAUCAUUCUCUGUCUGAUCUCAGGUCAGGUUCUGUGUUUUAAAGUGAUUGGCUGCUCUGGAGGGAGUGUGAUGUUCAAGUGCAUGAAGACAAACCAGAGAGACUCUUCUGUUCAGUUUAAAGGAAAGUAUUUCUGCAGAAACAGAGACUGUAGGACAGGAAUCAGUACUGAGAUUCAGCACCGCUGGGUUUAUAAUGAGAGAUUCGCUCUGUAUGACGGUGAAAACAGAGGAUUCUUCUCAGUGUUCAUCAGGAAGCUCAGCAGAGAGGAUGAUGGGAAAUACUCAUGUGGAAACAAUCAGGAAUGGAGUCAUAAUGUUGAUUUAGUGGUGAACAGAACCUCUUCUUCUUGUGGGACGUCUGUUAUCCGAUCUGCAUAUAAAGGUCAAACAAUCACUUUCAGCUGUGAAUGUGAACACAAGUUUAAAACACACACCAAAGUCUUGUACAGAGUGAAUGGAGAUCCUGUGUUUGUGCUGAAGAUCUCUCAAUCAUCACAAUCAUCUGAAGAGAAGUUCAUCCUGUCUGACAAUCAGAGAAAUCACUUUAAUGUGACCAUCAGAAACAUUUCUGAAGAGGAGCGUGGAGUUUAUUUAUGUGGAGUGGAGAGAGACGGAGGAGAUAAACCACCUUCAGAAACAUCAAUUACUCACAUAACCUUCAUUAAAGAGAUUGAGCUGAACGUUUCUAGUCAGAUAUCUUCUGUCCAGGUUGAGGCCUACAUCAGUAAAUCAGUCUUCAUCAAGUGUAAAUUUCCAGAAGAAUUCAAAGAAAACCAGAAAUUCAUCCAGAAAGAUUCAUCACAGGAGAUCUCUGUAGAACAGAAUCAGUGGAUCCGUCAUGAUAAAGUUAAUAUGUAUGAUAACAGCAGUUCAGGAGUUUUGAAGGUUUUUAUCAGUGAUUUAACUGAAGCUGAUGAAGGAACGUACAGAUGUGGAGUGAAAACUGCUGACGAUCAUCUGUUCAUGAAGAUCACACUGAAGAUCAGUCAAGGUGAUCAUUUCCCUGAAUCAAGUGGAUCAGCUGCUGUUAUUGGUGAAAGUGUGAAACUCAGCUGUAAUUCCCCUGAGAAACAGCAGUCCAUCAAACACAUCUGUAAAGAGAACGAGCAGAAGAUCUGUCAGAGCAUCAGUUCAUCAGAGAAGCAGCGCUUUGAGUUUUCUGACAGUACAGCAGGAGUUUUUACAGCGAGCAUCAGUAAUGUGAGCCUGAGAGAUGCUGGAGUUUACUGGUGUGGAGCAGAAACCAGACACCAGCGUCUGACUUCUGUUUCUCUCACCAAUAAACAUCAACUGACUUUAACCAUGCCUCCAGUGAUCGGACGUGAAGGAGAUUCAGUCCAGAUCAAAUGCCCUUAUGAUGAAAAACACUCAACAGGAAUGUGUCUGCGCAGAGGAACGUGUUUGAGUAAAGAAGUAAAGUAUCUGUGUAAAGGAAAGUGUUUCACUAAAGAUGCUCAAAUUAUCAUUCGGUCAGAUGAAGAUCAUGUUAAAAACCCAAAGAUUUCAGUAAAGGACGACACUGAACUCAAUCUCUUCACUGUGACCAUGACUGAGCUGAGAGCAGAGGAUGCUGGGAAAUACUGGUGUGCAGUGAAAGAUGUGUUUAAUCUUCCCAUUGAGCUCAUGAUCAUCAGGAAGAACGAAAUGACGACCUCUGACACCAAAAGGCAAACACCCCAGGAUAAGCCUGAAAUGACCUCAUCUGACACUGAAAAGGAAACGGUCCAGGAAACAGAAAAGACUGGUUUUUUUGUAAUAGUUGUGGUUGCUGUGGGUUUGAUUCUGCUGGUUCUGGUUGUAGCCUUAAUCUUAUUCAAACUGAAACACAACAAACAUGACAUUAUUUCAUCAAGAGACAGAAGACAGACAGGGGAUCAUGAAAUGACUCAAGAAGACGCCAGGCGCCAUUCAGAUCCUGAAUCAAAUCCUCUCUAUUCAACAGUCCAGUCACCCACAAUCUCCUCUGAUUCACAGAAUCCACUUUACUCCACAGUUCAGUCACCCACAAUCCCCUCUGAUGGGCUCCUGUACGCUGCUGUCAGUUUCCAAAAUCAUGAAGAGUCUCUCAGUGAAGCUUCUGUCAGAUUCAGUAAAGAGGAGACUCACUGUGAAUACGCAUCUGUCAGUCACAAUAUCUCGCCAAAUUAAUAUUACCACUGGAUUGUUGUUUUUAUACACAGCGAGAAGCAGUCACUGAGAAUGACACAAUCAUUCAGUUUCAUCAAGCAAGUCAUUGAGCAGUCAGUGACAUCUACAGGUCAGUGUUGGAAAAACCUGAAAUGUUUCUCUGUGACUGAAGAGAACAUAACUCCUUACCCUUUAUUCACACUGCACACGUCUGCGGUGCAUUACGACUCCAACAAGGUUUAGUUUCAUCCUUCACAUGGUGCCAACUCACACCAGGAGCACUUCAGAAGACAUGCAACUGGAUUCACGAGACAUCUUGAUUCGCCUGUCUGUCAGUGUUUUUCUUGAUUUUUGAGUUCUACCAUGGUUAAGUUGGCUAAGUAGUGAUGUUUUGUCCAGUUUAAUUGUGUUUAUUGUUUAAUUUAUUGCUAUUGUUCUGCUUUGUUGUCCUGUAGCCUACACACAGUCAAUACACUUAAAGUUCAGUUAUGUGUGACAAGGAUGAAAGACGUGUGUUUUAGUCUGCACAGGACGUUUAUUUUGUAUUCGAACUGUAGACUAGGCGCCUAUCUUUAGCGAAGCAGCAUGGAUAGUCACUUCUGGGACGCUUCAGCUCUGGUGGCCGUGACGGAGCCAUAACCCACUGCAGACGUGUGCGGUGUAAAUAAGAGGUUUUUAUAACCCGCUGCAGACGUGUGCGGUGUAAAUAAGAGGUUUUUAUAACCCGCUGCAGACGUGUGCGGUGUAAAUAAGAGGUUUUUAUAACCCGCUGCAGACGUGUGCGGUGUAAAUAAGAGGUUUUUAUAACCCGCUGCAGACGUGUGCGGUGUAAAUAAGAGGUUUUUAUAACCCGCUGCAGAAGUGUGCGGUGUAAAUAAGAGGUUUUUAUAACCCGCUGCAGACGUGUGCGGUGUAAAUAAGAGGUUUUUAUAACCCGCUGCAGACGUGUGCGGUGUAAAUAAGAGGUUUUUAUAACCCGCUGCAGACGUGUGCGGUGUAAAUAAGAGGUUUUUAUAACCCGCUGCAGACGUGUGCGGUGUAAAUAAGAGGUUUUUAUAACCCGCUGCAGACGUGUGCGGUGUAAAUAAGAGGUUUUUAUAACCCGCUGCAGACGUGUGCGGUGUAAAUAAGAGGUUUUUAUAACCCGCUGCAGAAGUGUGCGGUGUAAAUAAGAGGUUUUUAUAACCCGCUGCAGACGUGUGCGGUGUAAAUAAGAGGUUUUUACACUGCACACAUGUACAGUGUUACAGAUUUGACACUGCCACAGGAGCUGAUCACAGUCUUGACAAAGCUUGUGUUUAUACCAGCUGUGUCUGCUGCACAGUUCUGAAGGCCUUAAAGUGUUUGAUGUCAAUUGAUAUUUUGACUAUUAAACGUUUGAGGUAGAAUCACAGUUUAAAGAUCUAAAACAAAUUAGAGUAAGCUUCAAUAAUAGCUAAACAAAUAUUAAAUGACUUUAUUAGAAAUUUCUCACUAGAAAUAAGAUGUUUACUAAUAAACCCAGCAUGACCCCAACUGGGGGUCAGACAAUCAAAAAAGAUUUAAUCUUAAUAACUUUUUCAAAUACAUUUAAAACUAGUAGACUACAUAAGUUCAGCCAUCAAAUACCAAAUUCAUUUGGAUAAACAUUAUAAUUUCAAAGGCAAAUCCACAUUAAUAUGUAAGGGAUCAACCGGCUGGAUGUACUUUAUCCCGUUGUUAUAUGGCUACUUGCCAAAUAAAUAAAUAAUUAGGCGCGAAAUAUUGAUUUGAGUUGAAAUAUUUGAACGCAAAGCUUCCGUGAAAUGGGCAGCAGCUGGGUUUGAAUGAAACGAGAGCGAGUCCGCAAUACCAGGGUGAAAAAGACGAGUUUUAGUAUUCUAUUAGCUAAACAAACGCAAAGCUUCCACCAAGAAAAAAAUAAUAAUUCAAGCCAAGCAAGAGUACAGCACGGACCACUGUUACCCGGAUGAGCUUGUGUUGUUAGCUUUUAGAGGGAUAACAUAUCUCGGAAUGUAGCCACUGAGCAAUCAAAACCAAGUAUUCCACAGAGGCGUGUAAUAUAUAUAUAUUAGGGGUGUAACGAUACGCGUAUUCGUAUUGAACCGUUCGGUACGAGGCUUUCGGUUCGGUGCACGGUACGCAUUAUGUACCGAACAGUUUGUUGGACUAAUUAAUUAUAUUUGGGGAAAAAAAAGUGAAAUAUAAUGUUAUGCGUUCAACAAGGUAGCCCAAUAACCCAAACGACAUAACAGGCAACGCCCCUGACACUCCCGAAGAAGAAAAAAACACCAACUUAUAUGUUUAUGUUAGGCUACUCAGUCAGGCGCUCGCUCACUCAGUACACCCUGAAGGCUCGUUGCAAAAUAGCCAAUGUGUUUAACAGACCAGAAAAAGAAGAUCCUCCAAUAACCAACAGGUCUGGUGUUUGGGUGCACUUUGGAUUCACUGUAAGCUAUAAUGGUGAUGGCAAGAGAGUAGUGUACUAUUUAAAAUCAUGUUUUACUGUAAAGCACUUUGGAUCAGCUACAGUUGUGUAAAAUUUGUGCUAUAUAAAUAAACUUUGACUUGACUUGACUAGUGGAUAAAAAAACAACAGUCCUAUAACAGACAAUAGGGUACACCAGCGGGAAUAAAAAACAAACAAACAAAAAAAACACCAGCGGAAGUACUUGAAACAUGUCCUUAGUGUGUCAGUAUCUGGGAAAAGACGAAAAAAAGGAGAAAAAUACACGCAACAAACUAUCCCCGCAGCCUUUAGACAGACAUUUCCAACUGAUUCAAACAGGGCAAAAGACAUCACCGCGGCGAUUGGUACAUUUACGUUACAUUUACAUUAUAGCCGCGGAUAUGAGACCUUACUAUUUACCAUUCAUUCUGUCAUCACCAUUAUAGCUUACAGGGAAUCCAAAGUGCACCCAAACACCAGACCUAGUGGUUAUUGGAGGAUCUUCUACUUCUGGUCUGUUAAAUGCAUUAGACAUUUUGCAACGAGCCUUCAGCGCGUGCUGAUUGAGCAAGGGCCUUAGGGGCCGUUCACAUAUCGCGCCUAAAAACGCGUGGAAAACGCUAGGCACGUCUUUCUCCUCCUUUCCAAAGUGCUCGGGCAGAAGCGCCCCUGCGGCGUCUGCCUUUGCUAAGCAACAAUGACGUGCUGCUCUCUCCACGAAGACGCGGAAAUUUCAGCAAAAGAUAAAUGGAUUUGCAGCUCUAAAAACCGUUUACAGUAGCUCUGCUACUAAAUUUAUUUCAAAAUUGCAAUCCAUAUACAACUAUGAUCAGCUGUUCCUUCAUCUUGGCUGAGCUUUCAAUGUUGUUCCGGGAAAGGAUGAAGCUGAUUGGUUAGUUCUUGUCACAUGACCCGCGGUGUGCUUGCGGCAUUCUGAAGAGUUGAGAUGUUUUUACAUUUUGCUGUAUCUAAAACGUACCGAACCGAACCGUGACAUCAGUAUAUCGUAUCGAACCGAACCAUGAAUUUUGUGAACCGUUACACCCCUAAUAUAUAUAUAUAUAUAUAUAUAUAUAUUAAUCUAAUAAAAUUGUACAGUACACUCUGGUUUGUGAUUUUCCUUUCUGUGGUGCUUGGCUGUGUUUUAUUGUAACAACUCAAUUAAAUUUAAGGUUUAAUCAAGUAGGUGAGGCAAGGAUUAAGCCGAUGUGGAAAACGUCUUUUUCUCCAGCAUCUUAAACUAGCAUAUUUCUGGACAUUACAUGUGUUUUACCUGCUUAUUUAUUAACUCUUGAUUUACUUACUUCUUUUUUUCUUUUCUUUAAUUCUGAGAAUAUAGUCUUAGAAGGUAAAAAUAUUCUAUAUAUAUUAUUUUUUUAUUUUUUUAUUUAGUUUGUUUUAAUUCACUUUAUACUUUACUAAUUCAUUUACAUUUUAUUACAUUUAAUGAAACAGUUUGUAAACAUACUCUAUCACCAGGAAAAAAAAUAUAUAUAAAUAAACAGCAUUAUAGUAUUAUGCCAUUGUAACUUUGUGUGUAUCAUCAGUGCGUUUGGAUACAUGCUAUGGACCAGAACUCUGAAUUCGUUACAGAGGGCAAAAUGAAGUAGAACACAGUAAUAUAAUAAUAGUGUUCCUGUAGCUCAACUGGUGGAGCACUGCGCAAGGAAGCGCAAGGUUGGGGGUUCGAUUUCCUGGGAACACAUGAUACGUAAAAAUUGAUAGCCUGAAUGCACUGUAAGUCGCUUUGGAUAAAAGCGUCUGCUACAUGCAUAAAUUUACUUAAUUUUAAUUUAUUUAUAACACAAAAACCAGACAGACCAGGAAAAUGACUUUUACCAAGAUGGUUUCCUUUUACUUUUGCAGAAAGGUUGAAAUUUAAUGUAAUAUGAAAUUAAAUAACAAUAAACAAUACAACUCUAUAAA